AUGAGUGAUCCACGCACUGGUAUCCUUCAUGCGGUGGAGCCACUGAAUCAGGGCGUGAUCCGAGUGGAGGAUGAAGGCCUGCCCCAGACGAAUGCUUCAGACACAGGGCUGGGGGCUGUAUUCUCACAGGUGGUGGAGGGGGAGAAGCGCCAGGUGCUGUACAUUAUCCGCAAGCUCUCGCUGAGGGAAUCUAUGUACAGCACCGUAGAAAAAGAAUGUCUUGCCAUCAAUUUCAUCUCUUAUGACAAUGAUGUCACUCUCCUGCAUCUGUCUUCACCUGUGACAUUUACUGACUACAUUAGACCGGUCUGCCUGGCAGCUGCUGACAGUACAUUCUUCAACCGCACUGCGAGCUGGGUCACUGGAUGGGGAAAUAUUCAAACCGGUGUUUCCCUGCCUUCACCGGCAACUCUACAGGAAGUGCAAGUGCCUAUUGUUGGAAACAGGCAAUGCAAGUGCCUUUAUGGAAUCCAAACAAUCACAGACAACAUGAUCUGUGCUGGACUAAUCGAAGGGGGGAAAGACUCCUGUCAGGGUGAUUCUGGUGGACCUAUGGUCAGCAAACAGGGCUCAGUCUGGAUCCAGUCUGGGGUUGUGAGCUUUGGUGAAGGAUGUGCUUUACCAAAGUUUCCAGGUGUCUAUGCCAGAGUGUCUCAGUACCAGACCUGGAUCACCCAACAGAUCAACCAGACAAAUAAUCAGCCAGGCUUCAUCAAAUUCAUCUCCAAUGGUACUGAUGGUGAUCUCCGUGUCAGCUGUAGUGGUUUGUCUGCCAUUACAUCAACUGCUGCACCUGCAACUACAACCACUGCAACAACUGCAGAUUGUGGCAUAGCCCCUCUUAAUACAAGGAUAGUAGGGGGAAUGGAUGCUCCUCUUGGUGCAUGGCCAUGGCAGGUCAGUCUCCACAAGACCAAUAGACAUUUCUGUGGUGGUUCACUCAUCAACAAUGAAUGGGUUCUGACAGCAGCUCACUGCUUUCAAAGUACUUCAACUAGUGGCCUAACUGUGUACCUGGGGCGACAAACACAGUCAGGAACAAAUACAAACGAGAUCUCCAGAACGGUCUCUCAAAUCAUUAAACAUCCAAACUACAGUUCCAGCUCUUAUGAAAAUGAUAUCACUCUUCUGCAUCUGUCUUCACCUGUGACAUUUACUGAAUACAUUAGACCAGUCUGCUUGGCAGCUGCUGACAGUACAUUCUUCAACCGCACUGCGAGCUGGGUCACUGGAUGGGGAAAUAUUCAAACCGUUUCCCUGCCUUCACCGGGAACUCUACAGGAAGUGCAAGUGCCUAUUGUUGGAAACAGGCAAUGCAAGUGCCUUUAUGGAAUCCAAACAAUCACAGACAACAUGAUCUGUGCUGAACUAAUCGAAGGGGGGGAAAACUCAUGUCAGGGUGAUUCUGGUGGACCUAUGGUCAGCAAACAGGGCUCAGUCUGGAUCCAGUCUGGGGUUGUGAGCUUUGGUAUAGGAUGUGCUUUACCAAAGUUUCCUGGUGUCUAUGCAAGAGUCUCUCAGUACCAGACCUGGAUCACCCAACAGAUCAACCAGACAAAUAAUCAGCCAGGCUUCAUCAAAUUCAUCUCCAAUGGUACUGAUGGUGAUCUCAGUGUCAGCUGUAGUAGUUUGUCUGCCAUUACAUCAACUGCUGCACCUGCAACUACAACCACUGCAACAACUGCAGGUAAGCUCCUUUAA